AUGCUGGAGGAGGUGGACGGGGUGAGGGAAGGAGACAGGAAGGAAAUGGAGCGCAGGCUGCGUCGCAUGCACGACGAUCGCCGCUCCUACAUUCACACCGCUCGCCUUCAACUCCGAGCUCAAGCGGCGGCCGUGGAGCGACUCCGGGAAGAAAAGCGCUCGCUGGACACGUCUUUGGCACGACUCACCACCUCGGAGCACCAGAUUCGAAAGGCUGCCCUGCAGCAGAGGAUGGCCGAACUCAUGGAAGACUACCAAUUCUCCAUCGAUCAAAACAGGGCACACAGGCUCAGGGUGGAGCAGGUGAAGAAGGAACGAAGGAGGAAACAGGAGGAACUUAAAAACCUGCGGGCUCGUUUUGGCGGAGAGGCCAUCAUCGUGAGGAAGAAGGACGUCUUAAAGAAGAGAGUCGCCGUCUUGGAGGACCGCCAGGAGCACGUAUCGCAGGCGCUGAACGUGCAGCUGAAGAGAAACGAGGAGCUACGGAAGAGCAUCGCCGAGUUGAUGGCGGAGAAGACGGCUCACAACGCGGAGUGUCGGAUCCUUGAAACGGCCCUCUUGCAGGGACGCAAGUCACUCCAGGCCAAGAUGGACCUCGUCUCCGACGCCCUCAAUCAACGGGAGGAGAUGGAGACGCGGCUGCGAUCCCUUCGGACGACGGAGGCGGAGGAGAGUGCGGCGGUGGGUGCGGAAAUGCAACAUCUCCGACGGUUCCUGGCACACCAGCGCAAGAUGGAACGGUUCAUCGCCCAAAAAGCUGCUUCCCGCUUCCCCCGUCGACAUCCCGUCGUCGCCGACGGAGGAGGGGGAGAAGAGGUGGUGGAGGAGGAGCGCCUCACCUUCUCCGACCUACGAGGGGUGAUCCAAGACUUAAUGGAAUCGUGUGGGGUCACCACUUCUCCCGAGGACAUCAGGAGAACCUUCCUUCGAAGGGACGAACAGAACAUGGCUUUCUACGUCUACAUCAAUCAGCUUUGCGCUCAAGCUGCCGCCCUUCAGUAUGAUGAUGAGGAACGAUUGAAUGCUGGUUCCCAGGAGGAGAUCCGACAGAUGAGUGGGAACAUCGUCCGGCUUCAGGAAUCCGGCACUGCCGCCGAGGAACAACGCGCAGCCAAACGUCACGAAAUGGAGAAUCGAGUGAAGGUGGUGAAGGCGGAGACGGAGGAGAUAGCCCGGAAGAGAGAUUCCUCUCAAAAGUUACUAGAUCUGGUGUUGGAAAAGGUGAAGGUUCUCCAUCAGGACAUUGGGGCUACCCACUCUCCUCUCCUUCAGCUCAUCAGGGGAGGAGCAUUGGAAGUGACUGCCGGGAACGUGCAUGUCGUCCUGGGUGCCGUGGAAGAAAGAGUCUCGGAGAUGCUUAGGCUGAGAGAUUGCCUUCAUGUUAUUUCUGCAUCCGAUGUCCCGAUGAAACUCACCAACUUGCCUAUACCCGCCAACCUCGCCAAGAAACAGCAGCAUGCGAAGAACCAGAUUCAGAAGGGAAAUGGCCGCGCUCCAGCCCUCAACUUCCUCCCCCCCAACAUCAACUCCCAGCGGAACUUAGCAAUCUACGAGAACGCUGAGCAGCCUAGCCUUAACAUGACGUCAACGGAUGCUGGAGGUCUCAGCAGAGUCGCUAGCAAAGAAGACACGCUCAUGGACUGGUUGCGUGGGAUGAAGACGAGGAAGGAGAAAGGGGAUCCACGCAAGGGAAAGGAGUGUCCGUCCCUCUUUCGCCGGCUCUCACUCCUCGUCAUCAUUGAAUUUCUCUUCCUCGUGUCGCUGCCACAUCGAAUAUUAUCUUGGAUCUAA